AUGACUGCGGAAUCGUUGAACAAGGAGAUUGAACGUGUGCAGGAGAGGCUGCGUGAAUUGGAUGGAACGAUUGCGACUUUACGAACAAAUCGUCGGGAUUUUGAUAUUGGUGGAGCGGGAGUCAAGCGUCGUAUCUCUCAUGAAGGUGGUUAUGGAGGUGAUAGGUUCUCCAAUGGCAGUGGACGAGUUACUGUGGUAAGUGAUGCAACACCUGGAUUCAAUAGGCGACGAAUAGAAAUGGUACGAGGCGAUGAGCGGCCCAACAAACGACAACGUGUGGAAUACGAUGAAGUGGAUGAUGAUGACGAUCGUGAUAUGCGUCCAAAAAGGACACUGGCUUCAACGGUAGUCAUGCCAUCAAUUGAAACGAAGAGUCGCGAGGAAAAGAUCGAGGAAAUGAACAAGACAGAAAAGAAAGAAGUCACAACUAGAAACCGUCGUAUGUUCUCGAACCUCCUCAUGGGCACGCUCACUCGUUUCCAAAGAGACGAGAAGAAAAUCCAAAACGUUGAAAAAAUACAGGCUGAGAAGCAGCUUGAAGUAGAAAAACGCCUCGAAGACAAAAAGCGAGAGGAUCGUGAAAAGAUCAUAGCAGAGCGCCAGAAACUGUUUGACGAACGUCGUGAGCAGGAGAAAGAAUUGCGAGCGCUGCAAAGGAAGAAGGCGCUAAUACAAUAUGCAGAGGCGAAGAAGGAACAUUACAAACUGCUGCGCAACUUCAUACAAACACAAACCAAGCCUACACUGUUUUUCGUGCCUGCCAAGCAUUCUCUACGUUCUCUCGAGCUCCUCAAGGCAUCCGAAAAAGCCAUUGACGGUGAGUUUUGA